CCCAAACGUGUAGAUGUUUAAUAUUACAUUAUUUAAAUAUAUGCGCAGUCUUUAUUAGGCUGGGCAUCUGGUCCAAUCUGGCAACCCGGGUAUUGACGUGCCCUUGCUGCUAACACCCUGCUGUCAAAUGAAUGUGUUCUUUGAGUAUUUUCCUCUCGUCUUUAGUGGCCUGAGAUACAGUUGACACGCUUGAAAACGCGGUUUAGGGGUAAAGUAAACGUUUUAGACGUAGUAUUUACGCGAGAACACGAAUUAUUUCAGGUGUUUAAUAAGCGGAGAGUUUAUUAUUCGGCGCUACUCUGUUAGCUAGCUAACGGUUAGCACUGUGUUGCUUCAGCCGCCGGUCGCUGACCGCUAGCUAGCUUUGGCUUCAGGUAGCAGCGGUAAAAUGUAAUUUUUAAAGCGUUAAACAGUUGUUUUUGUUUUGAACAUAAAUCUUAAUUGGAUGGUUUGUUGAAAUUAGUUAGCUCGCAGCAGUACGGUAACAGUUUAUGUCGGUGAUGUUUGGUUUGGAAACUGGGAGUUUUGUUAAAUGGCGGGUUGGAUGAGCGCGCGCCGUCUGUGCAUCCGAGCAGCACUGGGUUCACGAGCGCCACUGCAGGAAUCCGGCGCGCGUGUCAGGCACCUCGCAGUGUGUGCGAUCUUGCUGAGGAAACCCCAACAAUGGACGCAGUGCUGGAACCAAAGAACCACUUCAGCAGCACCGACUCGAAGCUUCAUCAGCUUCGCCAACAAAAGGAAGCAGUACUCAGAGCGACGCAUCAUGGGAUACUCGAUGCAGGAGAUGUACGAUGUCGUAGCCAACGUGGACGAUUACAAACACUUUGUUCCAUGGUGUAAAAUGUCCCAGACUGUAAUGAAGAGAGCGGGCCAUGCUAAAGCGCAGCUGGAGGUGGGGUUUCCUCCGGUGGUGGAGAGGUACACGUCCAUGAUCACCAACGUUCGGCCACAUCUCGUCAAAGCUGUUUGCUCAGAUGGAAAACUUUUCAAUCACUUAGAGACAAUAUGGCGGUUCAGCCCGGGCAUUCCCGGAUAUCCCAGGACCUGCACGGUGGAUUUUUCUAUCUCGUUCGAGUUCCGCUCAGUCCUGCACUCCCAGCUCGCCAGCGUGUUCUUCGACGAGGUUGUGAAGAAGAUGGUGGCAGCGUUCGAGAGCCGAGCCGGGACACUCUAUGGCCCUGAAACUCGCAUCCCCAGAGAACUCAUGUUCCAUGAAGUGCAUCAGACGUGA